AAGGUAUAUUGUGACGUCACCGCCUGCAUACGUGUUCGACCACGCCCCCUCUCCUCCAGACACUUCCGUGUUUUUGCUGCUGCAGACUGAACCGCUUCAGAGUCAGCUUUUCUGUUACAAACAGGAACUUAAAUCUAUCAGCUGAGCUAAACUCAUGUUUUAAAAACUGAUCUCAGUUCAGCGUGUUCCGCAUCCGCGAUCCUCUUGUGACAGUCAGCUGAUCGUGACCAGGAUCUGCAACAAAACUGUGAGCGCUCCUGUCUGACAACAAGAAGUCCAUUCAGAGUUAUUUAAAACAGAGAGAAAUGGCUACAAACCCUCCCAAGUUAACGACUGCGAUAUCUGCCAAUGAAAGGCUGCAAAACCUGAAAAAUACUUUUGAGACAAAGUAUGGAGAAGUUCCCCUUUUCUAUGCAUGUGCACCUGGAAGGGUCAAUCUGAUAGGAGAGCAUAUUGAUUACUGCGGCUAUUCUGUUCUCCCGAUGGCCAUUGAACCGAAUAUCCUCGCAGCUGUCUCGGUGAACAACUCAGGGAAAGUCACUCUGGCCAACACAAAUCCUCACUACAAGGAUUUCACUGUGUCAUGUUCAGAAGAAAUUGCCAUAGACAGAGAGAACCCACAAUGGCAUUAUUAUUUCCUCUGUGGAGUCAAAGGUAUUCAGGAGAAGUUUGGGAUUGCUGAGUUAGCAGGAAUGUCAUGUGUCGUAGAUGGAACCAUUCCUCCGAGCUCCGGCCUCUCCAGCUCCAGUGCCUUAGUUUGUUGUGCCGGUCUCGUAACAAUGGAGGCAAAUCAGAAGUCCCUCUCCAAGGUCACGCUGGCUGAGAUUUGUGCCAAAAGUGAGCGGUACAUCGGCACAGAGGGAGGUGGCAUGGACCAGUCCAUCUCAUUCCUGGCAGAGAGAGGAACUGCAAAGCUGAUAGAGUUCCAGCCUCUGCGUGCCACUGAUGUCAAGCUGCCAGAUGGAGCUGUGUUUGUGAUCUCCAACUGCUGCGUGGAGAUGAACAAAGCUGCUUCUUCUCACUACAACAUCCGGGUGGUGGAGUGUCGAAUCGCCACAAAGAUGCUUGCGAAGGCACGCGGUCUGGACUCGAGCAGGUUGCUGAAGCUGGAGCAGGUUCAGACGGAGCUGAAGGCGUCCCUGGAGGAGAUGCUGGCUCUGGUGGACAACGUGUUGCAUCCUGAACCGUACAGCCGGGAGGAAAUCUGCAAGGCACUAGGCGUCACCUCCGAGCAGUUUUCCACAGAGCUGCUGAGCGCCAACACUCAGCAUAUGACGAGUUUCAAGCUGCACCAGCGAGCCAAGCACGUGUACAGUGAAGCAGCACGGGUGCUGCGCUUUAAGAGUGUGUGUGACUCAGAACUAGCUGAUUCAGUACAGCUACUGGGAGACCUGAUGAACCAGAGCCAUGCAAGCUGCAGAGACCUGUAUGAGUGCAGCUGCCCUGAACUGGAUCAGCUGGCGGACAUCUGUCUGAAGUCAGGGGCUGUGGGCUCGCGGCUGACAGGUGCAGGAUGGGGCGGCUGUGCUGUCUCCAUGGUUCCAGAUGAGAAGGUGGAGUCUUUCUUAGAAGCAGUGAGCGAGGCCUACUACCGCCCUGAUCCACGCAGAGCGGCAAUGGAAAAGCAGAGUUUGUUUGUGUCAAAGCCGGGCGGGGGAGCUGCAAUUUUCCUUGAGGAGUGAAACACAUCAUUGAUGUCUGUUUAUGCAGGAAAUCAUUGAAUCACAUUUACUCCUGCAGGAAAACAAAUAAGACUUUACAAUUACACCUGAUUCAGAUGACACUUCCAAAUGACAAGGUUUAUAAAAUGUGUUUACAAAAGUGUCUCUUUACUCGUCACAUAUUAUCCUAGAAUAGAGGGGCCAAAAAAUGAUUACAGGGGUAAAUCAUUUUAUAAAGGGAAUAUGUUUUUUGUUUUCAUAUUUUUGUAUUAAUUUUUUAGAGCUACAUCACUUUCACAGUUCAGCUCAGAGAAGAAAACAUGACAAAUGUAAUAACAAUCAGGUUUAAUUUAUGCUGCUGUAUAAAAUCCAUCCAACAUUUUUUACAUUGUAUACAUGGACAUAAUGUAGUAAACAAUGGGCAAAAAAGAAAAUCUGAAGAAUUAAAUAAACAGAAUGCAUUUGUGUGCA